CCUCCCGCACGUGUACCACACACAGAAGCCAUAAACAUAUCACGCGAAAUUCAAAAUAUUAAUGAAAUAUGUUCUCGUGAAUUUCCCAGUUGUGUUGUAAAUCAUCAAAGGGACACAGGUCUUGUAAAUUAAUGGAUUCACGUGGAUGUACGUCCUCUGAUGGCACAUUUGUGAAUUCAAUCCUUUGAUGUCACUCGAAUUGAAUUCAAUUCGAUAUCGCAGCGCAGUUUUUUUGGAUUCUCCUGGAUUUUAUUUAUCGUCAAAGUUGCCGAAAUGACCAGUCACACGACAGGAAGUCCUCGCAGGAUUUUCGAAAAAUCCGAGAGAUGGAGAAUACUCAAGAACAUAUUGAUGAUCGGAAUUGCAUUCAUGAUCCAGUUUACAGCGUUCAUGGGUGCCAGUAAUCUUCAGAGCUCGAUAAAUGCCGACGACUCUCUUGGCACAUCCACCCUCGCUGCCAUCUACGGAAGUCUCAUCUUUAGUAAUGUUUUCUUACCCGUCUUGAUGAUAAGCUUUCUGGGAUGCAAAUGGACGAUAUCAGUGUCGUUCAUGGCGUACAUACCCUUUAUCGCAGCUCAAUUCUACCCCCGAUUUUACACGAUGAUUCCGGCUGGAUUGGCUGUGGGAUUGGGGGGUGGGCCUUUGUGGUGUGCCAAGUGUACAUACCUGACAGUUGUCAGUGAAGCUUACGCAACGAUUUCUGAACUGGGGGCUGAUGUCAUUGUCACCAGAUUCUUUGGAUUAUUCUUCAUGUUCUAUCAGAUGGCACAAGUUUGGGGAAAUCUCAUUUCGUCGGCAGUAUUAUCUUACGGUAUGGAAGCAACUCCAGUGGCACUAGCUCUGAAUAGCACAAUAGUCGCUGAAACAUGCGGUGCAAAUUUCUGCAAUACCAAGGCAACAGAGAACCCGAACCUGACACCGCCCCCAGUGGAAAGGAUUCACUUGAUAUCAGGAAUUUAUCUCGGUUGUAUGGUCCUGGCAUCUUUGAUUGUUGCUCUUGGAGUGGAUUCUCUGUCAAGAUAUGACAGGGGGAGAACAGGAUCUGCCACGGGCCAAUCGGGUUUUAAAUUACUGGUAGUUACUUUGAAGCUGUUGAAGGAAAAACGUCAACUGCUCAUACUACCGAUCACGAUGUUUAUCGGUGCUGAACAGGCCUUUCUAUUUGCUGAUUAUAAUGCUUCGUUCGUAUCAUGCGCCUGGGGAAUCAGCAACAUCGGUUACGUUAUGAUCUGCUACGGUGUAGCAAAUGCAAUAGCAGCUCUAGCAACUGGCUCCAUUGUCAAAUUAACAGGCAGAAUACCUGUUGUGAUUUUCGCUUUUAUACUGCAUCUGGCUAUCAUCAUAGCACUGCUGUACUGGAGACCAAGCCCAGACCAGGGUAUCGUGUUUUUCCUAAUGUCCGGACUCUGGGGUAUUUGCGAUGCUAUCUGGCUGGUGCAAGUUAAUGCUCUGAGUGGAAUUUUAUUUCCGGGAAUGGAGGAAGCAGCGUACUCAAAUUUUCGAUUAUGGGAAGCAACAGGUUCCGUCCUUGCUUACGCCUACAGCCCCUACCUCUGCACGAGUACAAAGCUCUAUGCUCUCCUGAUAAUUCUUGCAGUAGGUGUGAUUGGAUACACCAUUAUCGAGGUGACGGGAACUAUCAAGAAAAUUACCCUGAUCGAUCCAAAAACUGACUUCGAACUAGUGGCAAAUACUGAUCAAACCACCAAGGAAUCGUAACUCAACUUGAGUCAUUAGGAAAUUCUCGAAUCAUCAUUAAGGUGAAGCUCAACCACGACCUCGGCUGAUUUUAAUGCGUUCAAUUCCCAGAGGAAUUUAAAACUGAAAAAAAAAACAGUGUAAAAUCUAUAACUAUCGAAAUUAUCGGUAGAACCUAAUAUAUAGUUUAAUCAAAUGUAAUAGGAACUUUGGUCUCGCCGGGAAAUAUUUCCAAACAGUUUUCUCUCUGGUUCGAAACACUAGAGUAAAUGAUGGAACGAAAUUUUUUUUACUGAUUGUAUUCAUUAUUUAUUUCAACAGUUCAUUAAUUUCUUCAGUUUAAUAUCUAUUUACAACGACUGGAUAAAUUUUGCUGAAAACUGUUACGAAACAUUCGCCCGUAGAUGGAUUUUCCUAUGACACUCAUUGAAUACAAUUUCACAAAUUUUGUUUGUUUUUU